CCCGCAGAAGAAGGAAAGUCCCUCUGGGAGUUGGUGCUGGAGCAGUUUGAAGAUCUCCUCGUCCGCAUCCUUUUGAUGGCAGCUUUUCUGUCCUUUAUCCUGGCCUGGUUUGAGGAAGGAGAGGAGACCACGACGGCGUUUGUGGAGCCCAUUGUCAUUAUUAUGAUCCUGAUUGCCAAUGCUGUGGUGGGUGUGUGGCAGGAGAGAAAUGCUGAGAGUGCCAUCGAAGCUUUGAAGGAGUAUGAGCCUGAGAUGGGGAAGGUGAUCCGUGCUGACCGCAGUGGGGUGCAGAGGAUCCGCGCACGGGACAUCGUCCCUGGGGACAUCGUGGAGGUGGCAGUUGGUGACAAGGUGCCAGCAGACAUCCGGAUCAUCGAAAUCCGCUCCACCACCCUGCGUGUCGACCAGUCCAUCCUCACAGGGGAGUCUGUGUCGGUGAUCAAACAUGCUGACCCCAUCCCUGACCCCCGGGCUGUCAACCAGGACAAGAAGAACAUGCUUUUCUCUGGCACCAACAUUGCAGCUGGGAAGGCUGUAGGAGUCGUCAUUGCAACAGGGGUGUACACUGAGAUCGGGAAGAUCCGAAACCAGAUGGUGGAGACCGAGCCUGAGAAGACUCCCUUGCAGCAGAAGCUGGAUGAGUUCAGCCAGCAGCUCUCCAAAGUGAUCUUCCUGGUGUGCAUUGCCGUCUGGGUCAUCAACAUCAGCCACUUCAGCGACCCUGUCCACGGUGGCUCCUGGUUUCGGGGAGCCAUCUACUAUUUCAAGAUCUCGGUGGCACUGGCAGUGGCUGCCAUUCCUGAGGGGCUCCCAGCUGUCAUCACCACCUGCCUGGCACUGGGCACGCGCCGCAUGGCCAAGAAGAAUGCCAUAGUCCGGAGCUUGCCCUCCGUGGAGACCCUGGGCUGCACCUCUGUCAUCUGCUCCGACAAGACCGGCACCCUCACCACCAACCAGAUGUCUGUCUGCAGGAUGUUCAUCAUGGAGAAGGUGGAGGGCACCCAGUGCAGCAUGCAUGAGUUCAGCAUCACCGGCUCCACCUACACCCCUGAGGGACAGAUCCUGAAGGAUGAGCAGCCAGUGCAGUGUGGGCAGUACGAUGGGCUGGUGGAGUUGGCCACCAUCUGUGCCCUCUGCAACGACUCCUCGCUGGACUACAAUGAGUCCAAAAAAGUCUAUGAGAAGGUGGGGGAAGCUACUGAAACAGCCCUGACAUGCCUGGUGGAGAAGAUGAAUGUCUUCAACACAGACCUCAGCAAACUCUCCAAGGUGGAGAGAGCCAACGCCUGCAAUUCGGUGAUCAAGCAGCUGAUGAAGAAGGAGUGCACACUCGAGUUCUCCCGUGACCGCAAGUCCAUGUCAGUGUACUGCACACCCACCAACAACUCUGCUGGCAGCAAGAUGUUUGUCAAGGGUGCCCCGGAAAGCGUGAUCGAGCGCUGCACCCACGUGCGUGUGGGCACUGCCAAGGUCCCCAUGACAGCUCCGGUGCGGGAGAAGAUCCUGGCCAAGAUCCGGGACUGGGGCAUGGGCAUCGACACGCUGCGCUGCCUGGCCCUGGCCACCCACGACUCGCCCGUGCGCAGGGAGACCAUGCAGCUGCACGACUCUGCUGCCUUUGUCCACUACGAGAACAACCUGACCUUCGUGGGCUGUGUGGGGAUGCUGGACCCUCCCCGCAAGGAGGUCACCACCUCCAUCGAGAUGUGCCGCAAGGCUGGCAUCCGCGUCAUCAUGAUCACUGGGGACAACAAGGGCACUGCAGUGGCCAUCUGCCGCCGGAUCAGCAUCUUCUCAGAGACUGAGGAUGUGUCUGGCAAAGCCUACACGGGCCGGGAGUUCGACGAGCUGUCCCCGGAGGCGCAGCGCCAGGCGUGUCGCAACGCGCGCUGCUUCGCCCGCGUGGAGCCGGCGCACAAGUCCCGCAUCGUCGAGUACCUCCAGUCCUUCAAUGAGAUCACUGCCAUGACAGGUGAUGGGGUCAAUGAUGCCCCAGCCCUGAAGAAAGCAGAGAUAGGCAUCGCCAUGGGGUCGGGCACGGCUGUCGCCAAGUCAGCUGCUGAGAUGGUGCUCUCUGAUGACAACUUCUCCACCAUCGUGUCGGCUGUCGAGGAGGGCAGAGCCAUCUACAACAACAUGAAGCAGUUCAUCCGCUAUCUCAUCUCCUCCAACGUUGGGGAGGUUGUUUGCAUCUUCCUGACAGCUAUCUUGGGCUUGCCUGAAGCCCUCAUCCCUGUGCAGCUGCUGUGGGUGAACCUGGUGACAGAUGGGCUACCAGCCACUGCGCUGGGCUUCAACCCCCCUGACCUGGACAUCAUGGACAAGCAACCACGCAACCCCAAGGAGCCCCUCAUCAGUGGGUGGCUCUUCUUCCGCUACUUGGCUGUCGGAGUGUACGUUGGCCUGGCCACGGUGGGCGCAGCGACCUGGUGGUUCCUGUACGACGCCGAGGGACCACAGGUCUCCUUCCAUCAGCUGAGGAACUUCAUGAGGUGCACUGAGGACAAUCCCCUCUUUGAAGGAAUCGACUGUGAGAUCUUCGAGUCUCGAUACCCAACCACGAUGGCUCUGUCUGUGCUGGUGACAAUCGAAAUGUGCAACGCCCUGAACAGUGUGUCUGAGAACCAGUCGCUGCUGCGGAUGCCUCCAUGGCUCAACAUCUGGCUGCUGGGGGCCAUCAUCAUGUCUAUGGCUCUGCACUUCCUCAUCCUCUACGUCAAGCCCAUGCCUCUCAUCUUCCAGGUAACCCCCCUGAGCUGGCCACAGUGGGUGGUUGUAAUGAAGAUCUCCCUGCCUGUGAUCCUGCUGGAUGAAGGACUCAAGUAUCUUUCCCGCAACCAUCUGGAUG